AUGUCAGAUCAGGAGGAGAACGUUUUCGAACAGUCGAUGAACAGCAAGUACAGUGACUGGACGGCCGUGUUCGACCCCAACGAAGUGGACUCAUAUCGGCUUCAUUGGGACGAAUCCGUGACCUUUCGAAGCCGACAAAAUUCCGGAGAGCGGUCGAGUGAUUGGGAAAGCGAUAUGGACGAAGCGGUGAGUUGUCGCUCUCACUCCCGACCUGAUCUCGAGAGCCCCCUAAAAUGGCAGCCCCGAUAUUUUGUCGCCAUUAUUUUACACAUGGCAUUCUUUUUUUUUCCUCGGCUCAUUUAUUUUAUUUAUGUGUAUGUUCGGUUUUCCAGAGAGUCCACAACCAGAUCCUCGACCUUUUCAAUCAACUCUUCAAGGAAUUAUUGGAGGAUAUACGACGAGCCGAAGAUGAUUCGGACGUAGGCCAGGUUUGUUCAAAACUCGAUUUUUAUGUUUAUCAACAGUGCGCGGCUGUUAAAAGCUCGCGAAACGGGGAAACUUUAUUUACUCAUGGACUUGGCCCGGCCAAAACCCCGCAAACUACUUUAAUAAUCUUGCGUAACGGCUGAGAAGAACAUGGUUUUUGGAGCUUAUAACCGGCUCCAUAAGUGUUUACUCAAGUCGAGAGCUGCAGCCGCGACUUCUUUCUCCAAGAAAGGGGCCUGAGGGCAACAAGACCUGAGGAUUUAUGGCCUUUAAGGUCAGUGCGUCGUUUGAUUAAUUUGGACGGACCUCUGAUGGACUGCCUCGGCUGAGAAAUUGCCGUUGUUUCAUCCUGAAAAGACCUUGAGAACGACUUUAUUUCGCCCCAUUUGUUGGCGAGUAUUGAGUUAUCAAGAUGGGGAGGUUCGCAUCCGAAUGGAGUGCAGAUUUCCCUGGGAGUUUUAUGUACCAAAUGCGCGUUUCUGGCCACAUUGGCCGUUUCUUGACCAUUCGGCCAUUGUGUUUACGCAAGAUUUGCCGCCGCUCGGAGGGGAGCCUCUUCAUUAUGUUCUCCCUAAUUUGGGUCGUGUUCGAGUAGCCAUCUAUUCUAUGUGUUCCGUAGUCUAAAAUACCCUCGGGCUUUUGAAUUUAUGAUAUUACUAUAAAUCCAUAUGAGGUUAUGUAAUUCUGACCCCAGUUACAAGGAUAUCUUGAUACUUCGUGUUCGAUUUCCCAUUAAUCUUUCCCUGCGGCGAUUUGGCCUUGUAAAAGUCACAAGUGAAUCUAAUGGUAUCAGCUGUUGUGAUUUUUAUGUGGUAAACAUUGGAUUGGCGGGAUGAUUUUGCGUUUUUAUAAUGUGAAUGCUUCACGGCAAAUCUUGCGUGAACACUACAGAAUGUCCAUAAAAAUGGCCGUUUCUGAGUCAGGUUUUCACUUUCCGUCGCGCAUUCAAUCCCUUCGAGUGCGUUUUACGUCUCGUUUACAUAUGCAAAUUUAUGAGCGCAAAUAGAUAGGAAAAAGACCGCAUGAACGGCUUAAAAACGCCGGGAAUGUGUGGCCGGUGAUCUGUCAGAAAGGAUUAAAGUUCCUUUACCGGUACCCCCGAUACCCAUACGAAAUGUUUUGAGUCGUAAAAUCAACUAUAAAAUCUCCUCAACUUUAUUUUUAUUUUACGUCUUCUUUACGGCCUCAGGGUUUACCUUUUUUUUAUGCUCAUUUUAGGAAGUCGUCUUGAAUGAUUUGUUGGAACGCCAAGUAAUUCUACAAGCUAACGGAGAUCGGCUUACCGAAAUGGCUGCCGAACUCAAUGAUUAUGUCCAGAGUAAAGUCUCCACGAUUCAUAUCCAUAUGGAGAGAUUGAAAUUGAAACAGGAACCCAGCACCAAAUUUGGUUAGUAGUACUGCAUGAUUACUGUAGAAUAUAUUUUAAGUAGUUAUAAUAAUGCUUUUUAGUAAUCAAAAUACUAUUGGUGACAUUUCAGCAUUUCGCGAUAAUUCGGCCGCUUCCCAUCUCCGUAAAUGGCUUCAGAACAGUGAGCUGACCUUGGAGAAGAUAAAGGAAGACACUUUUCUCCUCUGCAAUUCCCAACCUGACCUUCAACGCCUCCGGGCAACUCUUCAAGUAAAUCUAUUCUAAUUAUAUUUUGUCAGAGAUCUCUCGUCCCUAUAUGCAAAUAUCUGAACGCUUGUCUUGACUUCGCCAGAAGACCUUGAUCUUGACUUUACAGCCGCCCCUUCCUUAGGGGGCCGCCUGAUCUGUCAGUCUUAAUCUCCUAAUCUCCCAAUGCAAAGCGUGCGGUUAAUCCAAAAAUGACCUUAAGAGAAGCUAAUUAUGAACCCCAAUUAUUGGUUCUCGGUUUACUUUGACUGUUCGAACAAUGCUCUUUUGGUUUAGUUGCUUUUCCCUACUUUCAUACAAUGAACACGUGUUAAUCCCCAGUUUUCUCAAAAACUUCAGAACGGACCCUCAAGGGCCGUUAUUAGAGAACGCCCAACGAUAAGAUCGGGUGUUCCUAACGGUUUCAAAAACGCCUUUUCGAUAUUUCCGUCGGACCCCCAGCAUGAUGACUGAACUGUUCGUGAAUAUGAGUUCGAUUUAUGCGUGAAAGAAUGCAAUCGGGCUCUUCCAGAGAUUUUGCGAGCAGGGGAAUCGCCCAUACAUCAUUUUUGACAUUUUUUUAUUUUUUAGUAUCUGGAUGACCAAUAAUUCUGGGUUUUUUGAAGGAAAAGAGUUCUAAAACUGUCGCUAUAUUUCUUGUUUCUUUGGACGGUAGACUGAAAUUGCAUGCGUCACUCAUCUUUCCCUUUCUAAACUGUUUUUUAUGCCAAGAAUGGUAGUACUGUAAAGCUUCUUGGAAUCGAGAAGAAGUGCAGAUAAUGCUGGUCAUUCCAGACGAGAUAGAUAAUGCGUUUAUAUUGCACUUGUUCUUUUCCCAAAGAACGUAUCAUAUAAGCCACUAAUCAACCCGUCACCCCCACUUAUUGACAAAAACAUUCCCCUUUACAAGCACGGUUUUAUUAGCUUUCUGAAUUUGCAAGGAAGCGUGUGAUCACCAGCCGUUUUUCUCUCCCGUCGCUCUUAUCAACACUUUCCAUUUUUGCGAAAAUUGUUUUAAAUAAUCGAUUCGGGGACAUCUGGGCCCGGAUCCGGAGUCAGUGGCGCCAGAUGACUUGCUUCCGUGUCUCUAGAGUGCCCCAAAAGUCGGUCCUUUUUUGUAGUGCCGCUUCCAUUGUCUGCCCAGAUUCUGAUCUCACAAAGAUUUUUUGUGCGAACGGUUACCCGCAUUCAAAUCUUACUCCUUCUUUACUUUCAGACCCUCCAACUUGAGAUCGACACCGAAGGUCGUCAUUUAUUGCGGGCGGCGAAAAGACAUCUGACUAACAGGUAAGAACGGUAAUUUCAAAAGAUUUUAACGGAUUUGAUUACUUCUGAGUCCCAUUCCUUUCAGAGCUCUCGAACCCACAGCUGACGGUUUAAAAGUGCAGAAAGUACAAAGGAAUCUUGAAUCCCUGGAACAACGCUGGCUGAAGCUGUACCUCGGAGGAGUUGAGCAGAUCGAGAGAAUUAAUAAUCUCGCUCAAAGGUUUGAGGUAAUUACUAUUAUUUCUUACUCAUCCGAGGUCAUGCCUUUUUGGGAAACGUAUCCGGGAAUUUGGAUAUUCCCUCCUGGAAUACUAGAAUUUGAUUUCAAGUCCUUUUUAUGCAAAACCAGGGAAAGAGGGGGUUUGCGCAACCCAGAAAAGCCGAUGCGAAAGUAUUCGAAUUCCAUGCGCACAAAUAUUUUAAUAACCUUUUUCCCGACGACCGCAAAGGGAGGGAGUGUACGUGCAUUAUCGACACAGGAUGACCUUCUGCGCAAUGUGAUUUGUCCAGCGGGAAUUUGCAGAGGGCCCCCAUUAACACCCGAUGGGGCCGAUUGCAUCUUCAUCCGGACAUCCGGCGACAUGUCGAGAUGUGGUCGUGUUGUCGCUCUGGAAACGGGCCGACAGCUGUCUUGAUCCGAUCAGUCCUUCCCACCUGCAAUGGCCCCGCCAAGUGCUUGGCUGACCGCCACAGGCAAUCUUCUUAUUAUUUAUAGCCGAACACACGGUUAUUCUUUUGUGGCUCUUCCCGUUUAAUCGAGGUUCUAUUUCCUGUGGCAACAGGUGCGAUACAAAAUUUAUUUUUCGCGCCACUUCCCCCUUCCCAUCGGCAAUUCCAAAUUAAAGGCUAUAAAAGCGCGACGAAUGUCCUUGUUUUGGAACCGCAGAUCUCGCCUGUUUGUGAAGUCCUCUUGUAUUCAGAGUAAUUCAGGCUAAGCUCGACCUUAUAAAAACAGAGCGCGUUUUUUGUGUUUGAUCAGCUCUCGGCCACGGUUAAUCUUAAAGUGACCCCAUCAAGUUGUUGGGGGAGCCCAUUCCCCGAUCACCGCCCCUUUAUAUCAAAUUUCGCUCCGUAUUGUACCCAAAGCCUGAAUAAUUGCGGGGAGAGGACGGAGUCGGAUCGUCAUCCAGUCUUCAUGGGAUUUUUAGAAAUCUUUCAUCCCCACUUCCCUCGCGCCCCUCUAAUGACAACUCCGGCGCCAUGUAUUACGAAUCCUUUCUAAUGGGUCGCAUGGUUUCAGAGUGACGACCAGAACGGUUCGGACCUUGAAUCGGUGGGGAGUCUGGAGCCAGCCCGCAAACGAGCCCGGCCCUCGACCUUCUCGGACACUGAGAGUUUUGGCGACGACGAGGACACCAUUCCCUUCGCUUCAGAAGAAUAUCGACGAAUACCCACCAGUCACAUGACAAGUACCGAGAAGUAAGUGAACAGCUGCAUUUUUUAUUCCAUCAAUUUGUCAUCAUGUUAUGCCUUAGAGAGAUCAGUGGUACAUCUGUUAUCUCAACAUUCGCAAAGAUUCCGUUUUGUUUCCAGUGAUUGACAUCUUUUGAUAUACCAAUAAUAUCAUCCUUUAGCAUUGGCUCGGAUCUGGACAAUUCAACUGACAAGGGCUCAAACAAAAGCGAACGAGAGGAUGGCUGGUCUUCCUCGAAGACACAGGAUGUCGGCUAUUCCAGUGGAGAGAACUCUUUGCACGAAGCUUUGAACCACAUUGACAGGUAUGGAGGCGGAAUUGCACCAUCUAUCAUAACGGGAAAACGGCUCCAUACGAUGCAAUGUUUUUUCUCCCUCAUUCAAAGUUUAGGGCCCAUGACGCAUUUUCUUGACUCAUGGCCGGGGAAAGAAGGCUGAAUAUUUCGAAUCAAGAGCUCGGGAUUGUCCACCAUGCUCGCGCUCACCUACCUAUUUGUUUGUCUAAGCUGCUUCCCGAUUGACCGAACCCCGGGUUUUUAAGCGUAUCCAUUUCAAUAAUUUUAAUGCUGUUAUUUCAGUUCUCCAACGAAGGAUUGGAUGAGCAGUCAAAGCUUGGUUAGUAGUUACUACAAGACUGUUCCCUUGGAUGAUGCUGGAGUUACGGACAAUGAAACCCCGAGGCUGCCCGUUCCUGGGAUCUCUAUUAAUCUCCCUGAAGACGAAAUGACCUCUUCCAUGAUUGUAAAUUUUGAUUCCAUUCACAAUUCCACCAUCGAUACUUUCGAUGAUUACAAAGAGGUCAUGAGUAUGUUGGAUGAGAAGUACAAUAACGUUGACCCUACUCGAAUGGGAACUAACUGGAAAGAACUAAAAUCAAAUACUAAGAGGCUAUCUGCUCCUUCAAGACCUCAAAUCAGACAUAGUUUUGUGUCAGAGUCCGGAAGAGUAAGUAUUUCUUAGGAUGUAAAUAAUAUAUGCAACAAACAUAUUGCGCAAUAUUAUAUCUUGUUUUAGAUGUCUUGUGAUGCUAGUUCUGAAGACUCAGACGUUCAUAUGCCUCAGCAAAUGAGUGAAUCAUUCAGUGGAUGGUCUUCCCAGGCCCUAAAGGCAUCAACUCCACAAACAUCGUCUAUCAGAAAGCGAAGAUACCAAAGAAACAGUGCCUCUAAACAUAGCGAAUCUCUUCAUAAUUCGUUCAUUGCUUGUGGUAAAAUGGUGAGAAUUUUUAAAUUCAGUUUGGAUUAUCAGUCUGCCGGGAAAAUAGAGGAGGGUCGUCGCAGAUCGCAAAUGUUUCACCUCUUCGAAAAAAGGGUGCAGUCGCGCACCAAAUUUCCAGAUGCGGCAAGCCGUCGCAAAGCGGUGAUCGGCGUUUACAAAGCGCGACGAUCCGCCACUAUUUUCCCGACAGACUGAUAUUAUUCGCAUGAAAUUAAUCAUGCAACACGAUCUUUUGUAGGAUCAAUCCAUAUAUGAAUUCACCACCCCCGAGUUCAUGAGUCAAUCGCUAAAUCUAUCCACUAGAGCUCUGAAUAAUCGCCGUCGCUUCCUGAAACGUCGAGUGCAUCGAAGCGCUUCAGAAAACACUAAUCUUCUAGGAGGUAGGCACCGUAAUCAAAAAUAAACAUACACUUGUUUAGAUGAAAAAACAAGUGUUCAACGAAGAGAUUCCCUCAACAGUAACUCCUCAGGCAUCACUUUCCAAGACUCUGGAGACGCGCAUUUCGAAUGGGAUGACUACAGAGUAAGUAUAACAUCUGCUUAGUGUCUGAGACGACUCUGAACACUUAACUUUCGACCCUUUGAUUUAAUUAAUCCGGUCAUAUUCACCGCCAUUCCCUCCACUCCCGUCGGCAGUUUAUUUAAAAGUCCCCGAUAUAAACGAUUCGCACUCCCUUUCGCCUUUCCAACUUUUUUUUCACUGUAGUCUUACUACGAACAAACAGUUGAGUUCUUCGUUUGUAAAAAAAGCUGAGGGGGGGGGGAGGUUGCGCAUUUUUUGUUUUCGCGUGAGUGUCAGCAGAGUCGUUGUUUUCGAUGUUUUCCAAAGAGAAAUAAAAGCCGCGAAGAGGCCCGGCUCUCUCUGGGUUCGGCCGUCCUUCCUCUGGAUUUAUUGCCAUGACGCGUUGUUUUCUGUUGCCCUCUGAGCACAAAAACCCUAUUUCUUCACUUUUUUCAAGCGUUUGACUCGAACGUUGUAUCAUUCCAACGCUUUGAGGUUGAGGCUCCUGUUCAGGAUUUAAAAGUUUUUCUAUUUAAAUCGGAACAGCCAUAAUACUCAAAGCUAACGUACAACAAUUCCGCUCUUUUGAUUAUAGACACAGGAAAUAGUCGUGGUCUUUUUUGGAAAAUAUGCAAAGUAAGAGCGCUUUCCGUGCAAACCCCAAUGGGGUUUCGAACAAGCUCGAAAACGCCUUUACUCGUUUAUUAAAAUUAUUAGACCAACACCCCUUGUUUUUGAUAAUACAUCGAAAAGAAACUUUCUUAUUACUGUUUUGUUUUCCACAACACUUCAUAAAACAUUAUUAUCCGCUAUGCCGACCGAUCGUUCCAAUCGAUCAUUCAGUCAAUACUUUCUAACGACCUUCCCUUACUCUUAUCUUCACAUCGAUUUCAGGACGAAUCGGUGGUUUCCCAUGACCUAGAACAGUCGACCAACUUCAGUCUGGACCUGAGCUCGCCCCUUUUGGCCCCAUUAAUGGUGGACGACGAUUUCCAAACGGAAUUGCCGUUGAUGGACACCGCCGAACAGAGCGGAAUCGCAACCUUCCUUCAGCAAUCAAUAAACGCCUUAAAAGAGGCUCGCCUCACACUCGAGAGCGAUAAAGAGGGCGGGAAGGUAAAGGUAAGCAAGAAACCCUCAGGAAAGACGGCCUUCCCUCUUUUCAGAAUGUCGCCCGAAUCGCUGCGGAACAUCUAAAGAGUAUCCGUUCCUUGAUGACCGGGUCAGUCACUUUGGAUCCGGUGAGUUUUUCUUUACUUUUGAGUCGGCUUUAGAUCGCGCGUCUAAUAAUCCCCUCUACUUACGAAGAAAUUUUUUCCUCGCAAAGUCUAACAUUAGAUUUGAAUAUAACGCAAAAUUGUAGGGUAAAAAAUGGCUGUGGGGAAAUUGGACGGAUUUUUAACGCGAAAUAGAAGUAUGCAGGGCCCGCCCAAUUUCCUUCCGUCCAAUUCCCCACAGCCUAAAUAAUUGGGCUUCAUGGAAAUUGGACAGAGUGAAACUCGACAGAAAUAAAUUGGACAAAGUUUGGAGAUUGGACAGGACAAAAUUAGACAGAGUGAAAUUGGACUGAAAUCGUACGAAAUGUCACUAUUGAAUCAUAAACUAUUUUUUGCAGUGGAAAAAUCUGUCCAAUUUCCAUGAAGCCCCAAUAUUGGUCUUUAAAAAAAUCUCCAUUAAUCUAACAAGGGAAGUACCCCAAGUGCGACGCUCAGAUUUUCUUUAAAUUUUGCACACACGUCGGGCAUGGACUAAGUAUCAAUUCCUGAAAGUUUUAGCUCGCGCUUUGCAAGCGCCGCCGAGAUAUUGGACGAUCUUUGCCGUCGAGAGAGCAUGCUAACCGCGGAGAGCGGUCAGAGAGAAAAACACUUUUUGGCCAUAACUUCGCUAGUUUCGUACGGAAAAAAUUCAUUUCUUGUGGAAGCAUUACCCAUUACAAUAGGAAUAAGCAUGAAACUUUUCGUGUCGAAAUUCUGCAAAAAGUGUCAAAUUUUCGCCGACUUUCGGACUAAAAAUCUCGGUUGUUUCUGCAAAGCGCGAGCUAAGAUUCUCGCAUAUAUCUUAGAAAAAACUAUUCUAAAUUUGUGCCAAGUUUCAUCGAAAUCUGAGCGUCGCACUUGGGGUACUUCCCCUGUAAAAUAGACUCUAUAAAACGCGUCGUAGAUGACAUAUUUUCUGAGACACAAGAGUACGCCGUUUCCGGUUUGUGUUUCACUCAAUUAUUUAGAAUUUUAUUGCUUUGGGGUCGGGAUUGAUUUAUUCUGAUCGCCUUUUAUUUUUUUCACAAACCUUUUUUUACAUAGUUUUACAAGGAAAGUACUUUUAUGGGGGCUCCUACAUUUUGGCGGGACAUAUCUCAAAAAAUCAGAAAAAAUGUGCUGAUCAAGGAUAUAUAAAUCUUAGCUGCCCAUUUUAGGCUUUUAGGGGUGAAAACUCAAUCGGAAGUUGACUUAAAGUCCUAUAUAAACCCCUUUUCGCUUAAUUUUUCACAUGUUUACAAUUUUUAUUUUGGCUUAAAAUGAUGUUUAUUGAGUUUCUAAGACGUAAUAAAUCAAUCUUGGCCCAAAAAUUUAUUUUUCCGACCUUCAACUUCAAAAAAAGUUGUUUCAGCCCAAAAGGGAAAUCGAACCCGUGCGGCGUUCCCCCUCUUGAUUCCCAGACUACGGCCCUAGCCACUCGGCCACACCGCUCUCUUCCGAAGGAAGAGACCGACUGCGCUUUUUAUCGUUUCGAAUGCCUGUACCUUUUGUAGGGAAAAUAAGCCAGUUUUUGGGCAUUUUCACCUAUAAAAACCUAAAAUGGGCAGCUAAGAUUUAUAUAUCCUUGAUCAGCGCAUUUUUUCUGAUUUUUUGAGAUAUGUCCCGUCAAAAAGUAGGAGCCCCCAUAAAAGUACUUUCCUUGUUAAAAAAAGUCACAAAGACAGUAUUUUGGGAAUCGAGUGACUGAUUUUAUAGAUUUGUCAAAAAGAUAUAAAUUGAAAUCCAGGGUUGCUCUAGUUUCGAUGGUUGUUUUGUAUAGAAUUGUGUAUUUGGUAAGCUUCUGAUCGUCUUCCCUUUUGAGAAAUGUUUUCCCCUUAUCUUUUGAUGGUCGAUUGCCCUUGGUUCGUCUAUUUUCUGCUUAGCUGGGCUUGAAAUCGUCUGUUCUUAUCGUUUCUCAACUCUAUUUGAAUAUUUCAGAGUGGCGCGGAAGCUUUAAACAAAUUGCAUACGGAAUGGCUGGAUCUGGUGAACUCGUUUGAUCUGCCUUCCAACGACGCCCUCUCCCAGUAUGAGAUCGAUGAGGUAAUGGACUUGUUCCGAACCAUCAACCACCAUUAUAUUUUGUUUGGAUCAAUGUGUGAUGGUUCUGAUGCGAAACUCUUGAAGGAAAGCACAUUGGAUGACCUCAGGGAUACUCUAAGGACAAGAAAAGUGAGUUGAUCAUUUUUUCGUUUCAAGCAGUAAGGGGAUAUUGGGACAUAUUGUUCUCGUGCAAAUAUGAGAAUAUUAUUUUAAACAGAUUCGUUUGUUCAAACUCUGCAGAUCUUUCACUCGAUGGAUAAUAUAUACCUUUAAAGCUUAUUCAAGUCUCUUUUUAGAAGCUCUUCCAACAACUCCGAACAAAUUACAUGAGGAUGAUGACUCUCGUAUCGCGUGUUCCAAACCUGGUCCCUGAAUUGGAGAAGGUUAUAAAUAAUAUAAACGUCCUGAAUGGUUCGGUUUCCAAUCUCGAGAACUUCUACGAGCUCUAUUGUGUCAAGGAGAAGGUCGUGGAGUUGGAUGGAGGAGUCAAAGAGUUGGAUAAUUGUUUGGGGGAGCUGUCAAAGCGAUCUGUUCUCAACUUGAACGGCUCACUGGAACGUCGUGUUAGGGAAAUCGAUGAAGAAUUGAGUCAUUGCCAGGACCGAAUGUCUUCUUUGGAGCAUGUUUGUAACGCAAUCAUCUCGAGAUUGAAUUCUUCAAAGUUCGAGAAGGACGAUGAAGAGCUGGAAUGCUGUCAAAAGUUCAUCAAGGACUUUGAGGAGAUGAAGAGAACCAUUUCCCAAGUCAAGACCAGGUGAGAGAGGGGGAUUUGUUUGCUUAAAGCCCAAUUUCUGGAUUAUGUUAUUUGGGGGAUGGUUGGACCAUUUUUUUUUAAAUCUGGCGGGUAGUAUAAUAUUACUCAAGAAACUGGCCUUGACAAGCUUCAAUUUCCCUUUUCUUGGCAUUUCACGUCGUUUACCAGUAUUUAUUUGCGUGUAAAUUAGAAAUGUGUGAGUCCUGUAGGAUGGGGAGUGAGACAGGAUAUUUUGAGUUUAUUUCGGGUUAAUUAAGGUGUGAUGUCAUCUGGAAAAUAAAACUUUAAGAACAUGUUUACGUUCUUUGAUAUAAAGUUUUGUAUUUUGCGUUUUAUUUCGGAGAAUUUGUUGCAAAAAAUAAUUGACGAUCUCUCUAAUUACGCUCCUCUUAUUAAUUAUCGCCUUCUUUCCAGACUGGACCGUCUGUUCAAGCUGUUUCCUGACUGUUCUUCCCGCUCCCAACAGCACGAUGACAGUUAUAGUGAUUCAUCGCUCCCGGAAUCCAUCGCCAAACCACGGAAACGAAGAAAUCUGUUUGAGGAGACCAAAGAAAGCUGCCCUGAAACGAAUGAAGCCCCAAGGAUGAGCUGGUUAACUGCUGACCGUCUUCUCAGCCCGUUGAGAUCGAGUUCUUCAGCGCAGGGAGUCCUGGUAUGCAUCGCGAUGUUAGCCAUUGGAACUCUGCUGCUGGGGCUGGUGGUGGACGAGGAGAUCUUCUCUCGUAAUGGCCACUGGUCGUUCAGGUUCGGGCCCCAGCUCCAUUAUGUGGACGGACCCCCUCCAGUGUAAUUAUUUUGUAUAUUGUUGUAUCCCAGAUGAAGUGCCUUCUUUUUGUUGUUGUUUCUGCAUACACCCGUGAUGAUCAUUUGGUACGCUGCCCAUUUUUUAGCCUCUUCUCAUAGUUAUCUGAUAUUCGAAGAAACAAAACCCAAAAAUACUCAAAAAGUGUUGAAAAAGGUCUCAAAAAUAUUUUUAUAUCUUGCAAUCUAUUGUGAAUUACAUAAUCUAUUGAAUAAUAAACGAAAAGUAAAGACGGAGGGUGUUGUCUUCUUCUUAGUAAGUUGUCAGCUUAAUUGGAGGACAGACGCUAGGACAAUAAAAAGACUCCUAGUUUUUAAAAGUGCCAUUUUAAGAGGAGUGGCGCUUUUAAUCGUGUCCGGUACUCGAAAAGCGUUGGCCAGCCCGGCUCCAUAUCGCUUUUUAUACUGGCGGAUGGAUGCCCUAAUAUGCCCGCCGUGAUUCCCGCGGGGGAAUCGAGUCGAGGGAACAAAUCAGAAGUCGGCCGCCGACUUAUCAAACCGGCUCCGAAAUAAUUCGAGGCCGGCUUCAAUUACUCCGGGUUGGUGUUGGGAUGGUGGACUUUGUAGGAAUGGGAACGGACUUUACAAGAACUAAAUUAAUGUAAGCAAAAAUAAUGAAGCGAGCUGCAAGUUCCCGCAUUUUGUAUCCAUCCAGUUGUUGUACUAGUGGGCAGGCUUCUGCUCCUGUCUUUUGAGAGCUACAAUUGCAAAAAUAGGGUUUAAUUUUGAAGACCACAUGGAUGAGGGCAUCCUUUCUUCUUUUUUAAAUUUAACUCUCCGUUUACUUACUCUCUGAUUAUUUCGAAUUGUAGUGGGUAAUUCUCAAAUAGCACUGAUAAAUCAGAAGAAUUGGGUCCGCGUAAAAGGACAGCUGGGGUAUUACUAUUGACACGAGCGCCCCCUUUGACUGUCUAAGCCUUGCCGAAAAGGGGCAGCACCAAUUGGGAGAAGGCAUAUCAAGAAAACAUUGUGUCCAGUUGAUUACCCUCAGGACAACACUUUCCGGAUGAUUUCCCCAAAAGUCCUCCUUUGACAUAUUCGAUUUCAAAGGUGGAAAUGAGGCUGGCAUGUAAUGAGAAUGUGUUGCGUGGGGCCGAAGGGAGCCGGCUUGACUCGCCAAGACGGAGUUGCACUGUGGCGCCAACCUCUCUGGGGCCACAAAAACGGUCAGACCUUAUUUAUUGGACGGGCACAUUAAUUGUGCCAUGCAACCGGACACUAGAAAGCAUUCUUCCCCGCGAAGAUAUACUGCCUGUUAACUCGACUCACAUUUGUUUUUAACCUGCUGAUACUCUCUUUCUUUCCCCGAACUCUCCGUCUUCCGAAACGGGACGCUUCCACAAGUGCCAAGCUUUACCUAUCUCCUCCCUCGAGUGGAGCCUUAAACGUUUCCCGAAUGGGACCGGAUAGUAUUCUUUGUGUAAUUGACGGGGUGGAGCCGCCUCCGGAACCAACGUCUCCAGGAAUCCCCGAAAAAGGUCGGAAACAGAAUGUCUCGACCGUGUUUCGACACUUGCAGUCGUGAAACCUUUGCCCGAAGGGCGUUCUGCGACGCAGUCGAGCGAGAAUUUGACCGUUCAUGUCUUUGUUUCAGACGUCGUCAGCCUAGUCCUGUCCUGUCCGGUCAUAGCCAGCAGUUGACCCGAGCCCGACCGUCCAUUCUUCUUGAUGACGCCCAAGUCCUGAGAACUCCGCUGGCCGCGGAAGGCGUUCGAAUGCGCAAAAGAUGGUCUACAGUUCUCGAGGAGACCGCCAGAUUCGAGCUCAUCGCCUAG